ACUUUCCAGCCUUGCCCCCAGGAACCUGAAGACAUGGCACCCAAGAAGGCCAAGAGAAGGGCAGUGGCAGAGGGUGGAAGCUCCAAUGUCUUCUCAAUGUUCGACCAAACUCAGAUCCAGGAGUUCAAGGAGGCCUUCACAGUAAUCGACCAGAACCGUGAUGGCAUUAUUGACAAGGAAGACCUGCGGGACACCUUUGCAGCCAUGGGGCGCCUCAAUGUGAAGAAUGAGGAACUAGAUGCCAUGAUGAAGGAAGCCAGCGGUCCCAUCAACUUCACUGUCUUUCUGACCAUGUUUGGAGAGAAGCUCAAAGGUGCCGAUCCUGAGGACGUGAUCACUGGAGCCUUCAAGGUCCUGGACCCUGAGGGGAAGGGUACUAUCAAGAAGCAGUUCUUGGAGGAGCUUCUUACCACCCAGUGUGACCGCUUCACCCAGGAAGAGAUCAAGAACAUGUGGGCGGCCUUCCCUCCCGACGUGAGCGGCAACGUGGACUACAAGAAUAUCUGCUACGUCAUCACGCACGGCGACGCCAAGGACCAGGAGUAGGGGACCCUUUAGGCCUCCGCGAGCCAAGGCCUUCCUCGCAGUCUGACCCUUACCCCGCGUCCUAAUAAAAUUGAACUGGUCUUUGUUUCUUA